AUGGCUGCCCUAAAAGCAUGCCGGCCCCUAUUCCCAAAGCUGCUUCUCCAUUGCCUGCUGCUGCCGACUCUCCUUCAGGUCGCAGCCAAUGUUCCGGCACUCAUCAUCUUCGGGGACUCGACGGUCGACUCAGGGAACAACAACGACAUCCCCACUCUCCUCAAGAGCAACUUCGACCCCUACGGCCGCGACUUCUCGGGAGGGAAGCCCACGGGAAGGUUCUGCAAUGGCAAGCUAGCGACCGACUUCUUGUCGGAGGCCUUCGGUUUGCCCCCGACGGUGCCGGCCUACCUCGAUCCCGCCUACGGUAUCCGAGACUUCGCCGUCGGCGUCUCCUUCGCCUCCGCCGGAACGGGACUCGACAACGCCACCUCAGACGUCCUCGUAAGCCCACGCCGAUCCAGUUUCAUGAUGCAGUGAAUCCAUGGUUUUUCCAUUUGGCAUACCGUGUUCUUGUCUGAUGACUUUGGUGCUGAAUGCAGAUUACUACUAGAGAUGGUGAACUAUCUCUUACCCAUCAAAUUUCAUGUACUCUAGGAUGAGUUUUGGCGCUCACUACGAUCCAUAGAACUUCUGGAGUUACAAAUUUACAAUUAUUUAAUAUAGUUACUUGCAUUCCAGGCGGUAAUUCCUCUGUGGGAGGAGGUGGCCUACUUCAAGGAGUACAUCCGGAGGCUGAGAAAAUACAUGGGCCAGGCCAGGGCACAGAGGACGCUGAGGGAAGCCCUCUACAUUGUGAGCAUCGGCACGAAUGACUUCCUCGAGAACUACUACACUCCCGGCAUCCAUAGCCGAUCAUCGGAGCUCACAGUGGAGCAGUUCGAGGACUUCCUCGUGGACAUAGCCGCCCGCUUCAUCACUGAGAUCUACCGCUUGGGAGCCCGGAAGAUAUCCUUCUCCGGGCUCUCACUGAUGGGCUGCUUGCCCAUGCAGAGAACCUUGAACGUCGCCGGUACCGGCGGCUGCGUCGAGGAGUACAACCAGGUCGCGCAGAGGUUUAACGCCAACUUACACCAACUGGCCGGCAGACUAAGGACACAGCUCCCUGGGAUAAGGCUUGUCGUCUCCGACCUUUACGACUACGUUCUCCAUGUACUCAAAAAUCCUUCCUCUUAUGGUAAGUCCUGGGGCCUCAUGUUCUUCAAAAUGCAUCUUCAUAUCAUAACACCCUAACCCUAACUUCCACACCACCGUAAACCACUCCUAUUCGACCAUUUUUUCUAGCUUUGAACACAAGAAAUAAUCUCGGAACAGAGCCCUUGUCUGACUCCGGGUCGAAAUCCCAAACUCAUUCCCAUGCUUACAUCUCCACACAUCCCCACCUACUGCCCCAUUGUCUCGAAAAAGAAAUCAUCGUGCAGAGAUAGCCUAUAUUCUUUGAAUUGUCUCCAUAGUCUUUUAUCUUUUUCUUCUACGGUGCAAGAGUAAUUGCAUAGGGCGCUCGAUUUACUCGUUUUCAGCGUCAGUAAAAAAGAACACAGACGGCCACGAAAAAUCUCAGCAUCAACCUUCUCGACAGCCUUCUCCCAACUGUUCAUGGGAUACGCAGAAGACGGUCACCCUCCCAAACCCAUCUCCCGCAUCCUAAAGUAGCCAGAAAGGAAUGCGGCCGUCGUACAAAGGGUGAUCUUUUGAGGUUCUCUGCACCUCACAUCUGUGCCAAACGUGAAGGGAGAGGGUUAGAGAGAGAGAGAAUGAGGGAGAGCAAAGGAGAGAGAGAGAGAGAGAGAGGUCAUGACUGAGAGACCCCGUUGACAUUUCAGUGUCUUUUGUGGUGGGCAGGAUUCGAGAACAUCGAGCAAGCAUGCUGUUCUACAGGGUUGCUCGAGCUGGGUUACCUGUGCGACGGGCUGGAUCCCCUCACAUGUCCGGACGCCGACAAGUACGCCUUCUGGGACGCCUCCCACCCCACCGAGAAGUUGAACCGGCUCAUUGCCAAUCAAAGCCUCAAUACCGCCCUCGCUGAGUUCCUCCGUUAA